AUGGUGUUACCAAUCGUCGCCUCUGCCGUCGCCGGCGCGGGGAUUAAAACUGUUCUCGACAAGACCGUGUUAAAGAAGAACGACAGCAAAGAGGAUUCUUCCAAAGACGACCUUUGUGCGACGAGCGCGAACUUCGUCGUCUCGUCCGACAUGAACAUCAACCACGACGCGGACGCGUUAAAGUCUCGAUACCUCGCGCAACCGUACCCACAGGUGGACGAACGCGAUGUGAAAACACCAGACAAUUGGGUCAAACGUCACCCAUCUUUAAUACGAUUGACCGGGAAACACCCGUUUAACGUGGAAGCGCCUCUGCCUGAAAUGUUCGAUUACGGUUUCAUCUCGCCUGUGAAUUUACACAUCGUGCGGAACCACGGCGCGGUGCCGAAACUGGAGUGGAACACGCACACGAUUAAAAUAAACGGGAAUUGCCAAAAACCGUUUGAAAUUGGGAUGGACGAACUCUCGAAACUGCCGUACGAACAGUUCCCGUGUUUAGUCGUCUGUGCGGGGAACAGGAGGAAGGAACAGAACAUGAUUAAAUCUUCGAUUGGGUUUAAUUGGGGGCCGUGCGCCGUCGGGAACACGUAUUGGAAAGGCGUGCCGCUGAGAGUUUUGUUGAAUAAAGCGGGGGUGUAUAAAGCCGGGCCGGGAGCGAGGUUUGUGUGUUUGAACGGGCCGCAAGAUGAGUUGCCGAAAAGUUACGACGGGCAGGAUGGGGGGCCGGGGUCGUACGGGACGUCCAUCGAUAUGGAAACCGCGUUGGAUCCGACGUGCGACGUGAUCGUGGCGUACGAACAAAACGGGGAACGUUUACACCCGGACCACGGGUACCCGGUGAGAAUUAUCAUUCCUGGGUAUAUUGGUGGGAGAAUGAUUAAGUUUUUGGCGGAAAUUACGGUGACUGAUCGCGAGAGUAACAACUUUUAUCACUUCAACGAUAACCGCGUGUUGCCGCCGACGGUGGACGCGGAAAUCGCGACGAAAGAUAAAUGGUGGUUUAAAGAGGAAUACAUCAUCAACCAGUUGAACAUUAACGGUGCAAUUGCGUAUCCCGCGCACGAAGAGGUGAUCAAACCGUCGACGAAGAAGUACGUGAUGAAAGGGUACGCGUAUUCCGGAGGCGGGAGGAAAGUUAUUCGAGCCGAGGUGUCGUUCGAUCAAGGCAUGUCUUGGAAGUUGGCGGAUAUUAACGUGAGAGAAACCCCGAGAUGGGCGGCUGGAAGUUCCGGAGAUAAAGCAAGACAUUGGUGUUGGUGCAUGUGGGAGUACGAGUUGGACACCGCGAUGUUGUUUGACCCGUCGUGCAAAGAAAUCUUGUUCCGCGCGGUGGACCAAUCGCAAAAUUUUAUGCCAGAACGCCCGACGUGGAACGUCAUGGGCAUGUUGAAUAACCCGUGGUAUCGCGUGAGAGUGCACAAAGAACCGGACGGAGGGGUAAAAAUGGAACACGCGACGAUUGCUGGUCCCACUCCCGGGGGCUGGAUGCAACAAAUGGCCGAGAAAGCGGGCGGUGAGUUGUUGUGGGGUUGGGGCGGCGAAGGCGCGCCGGCCGCGCCGUGA